CCGUGCGAACAGAUGCGACAUUUGCCAGCAUCGUAGAGCGUUGCGUGCUCCAGAGUGCAGUGUAUAUCCUUUCGUCAUGCUGGAGGAAUCCCCGUCGAUAAGCAAUCAGAUUACCCUGAAAAUUGUUUGCCUAAAGCGUGGAGUUCGCACCACUCGAGAUAGGGAAUCGAUUGUGUAUGGGCUGUGAGGCGCGAGAACUAUAAAAAUCUAUGCUCUCGCCGAUCGGCUGUAGUAUCAGAACAGCAGUUCGCUGAGUUCGUGUCUAAUACCGUGAUACCGUCCCACUAGUCUGCACCAUGAUCGUAAAUCUCUUGAAGUAUCCAGCACUGGGACUUGUGCUGAUUGCCAGCAUUCUGGCAGAACCGGGCGACCGAAUUCCGAACCAUCCGGAUUGUACCACCCCUCAAGGAAACAUCCCAGUGUACUUGGUGCAUCCGACCAACUGCAGCCGAUUCUACGAGUGUAAAGGGAGAGAUGCUUGGGAGUUCGAGUGUCCGGCAGGGCUGCACUUUAAUAGCAGAAUCAACGUUUGCGAUUAUCCUGCAAUAGCGCAAUGCGAAGGUCAAUCGCCGGUCACUCCAACGAAUCCUACCCCAACGCCGGUAGCUACCACUACUACCGCAACGGGGACUACUCCAGCAACAAGCACAACGCACCCCGCUAGUACUCCACCAGUGACGGGAGAUUUAACAACCACAACACAACAACCUGGCACAACGCACAAUCCAACAACUACGGAGGGUCCAUCAUCGGCCGGUACCACUGCGGAACAAACUAGUACAACGAAUAAUCCAACAACUACGGAGGGUCCAUCAUCGGCCGGUACCACUGCGGAACAAACUAGUACAACGAAUAAUCCAACAACUACGGUGGGUACAUCAUGGGACGAUACAACAACAACAUGGCAUCCCGAUACAACUCCAGAUUCCUAUACUACCACAACUUCCGCAUGGCAGGUGACCACUACGACGAACCCCAACUGUCCACCGCCGGGGUCCGCACAACCCAACUACUAUCCGGACAGCACCGACUGUUCCAAGUAUAUGGGUUGCCAAGAAAACUGCGUACAGCACUUCCAAUGUCCGGCAGGUUUGUACUGGAACGAUCUGCAGAAGCGGUGUGACACUUUUGCCAACUCGCAAUGCACCUGCCCAAUCAUACCACCGGCACCGAACGCGUGAUACAUCUCCACCGAUCGAUUGUUUGGAAGUGUAAGACCUACCAGUAUUCUUUGUGGACUUGUGGAUUGUGUUUGAUAGGACGCUAAUAAAUGAUUUAAAUAUAUCUAAACGGUUUUUCGAAAA